AUGAUGAGAUCAGCUCCCCACCCCCGCAAUGAGUUCGGCAACGAGGACGCCGCCCAGGAUCUCUACGGCCUGGGAGUCCGACUAGGCUUCUACCUACAAGCGCUUGCUAUGAUUUUGUAUCUAUAUGGCGACGAGAAAAACUAUGGCAAAGGACUUAAGAUUGCAUCUGGAAGUAUCACCGUCUCUAUACUAGCAUCUUGGUUCAACUAUGCUGCCGAGGCCGCUUUUUCGCCCAGCGAGGCAAUUGUCGUGCUUAUGAUACUCAUGAGUCUAUCUUUCCCUGCCAAAUACACGCUUCUCAAUCCACGAACAAUUAUGGACGAAACGAUUGGAGUCAUCACACUACUAUUGACUGAAUUGGCCACUUGCACGGCGCUUUUGUGGACCUUUUCCAGUCUUGUUCAUACCCUUCCGCGACUGGGGACCCCAAAUGUGAUGUUUUUCUUCUCUCCUGUUUCGCUGACAGGUUGGUUUCGCUACUUGGCUCUGGUGUAUCUCGUUAUUGACGCUAUCACAUCCCUCUAUCUCGCGUAUCGAAUAGUGUGCGUGUUGAUGAUUGUCUGGAAAUGCUACGCCGCCAAUCGCCGCGAGCUAUAUGAGGAAGAAAGUGCUCAGAUUGUUAAAAUAAUCAAGUGGAGCGAGGAUCAGUUCAUGCUGACUAUCAUACUCUGGCUGGUUUGGGUAUUUGCCAUCGUGGCCGUGGAGACGACUCUGCAGUGGAAUCAUUUAACGCCAUUGAAUGAUCUGCGGUCACCGGGACAGUUGAUUCCGUUCGUGACUGGGUGCAUACUACUGAUCGAUAGUAUCUCAGUCGCGGCAAGAGAGCAUGUUCCAUCUAAGGCUGUUAUUGAGACUUCAAGUUCCUGA